CUCGUUUCUUCGCUCCAGAGGCACAUAUGCCCACUAUCACUACGAUCCUCGAUGACCAGGCUCCUUUGAUUACUUAUGAUAGAUUCUGGGCGCCGGGUGCGGCCUGGGACGAUAAUCUCGCGACCGCUUAUUACUUGGGCACGUUCACCACGUGCAAUGUCACAAGCGGAGCAGCUUCCUUCACCUUCAACGGCACGGGUUUCGCGAUCUACGGCGCGGAGCGCAGCAAUCACGGCUCGUACAGCGUGACCGUGGACGGAACAUUAAGCACGGCCGGAUUGAACGGCGGGUCAUCAAAUGCCCAGUUUCAACAGCCGCUUUUCACCAGGACCGGCCUGACACAGGGAAACCAUACCGUGUCGAUCGAGAAUACGGCCUCUGGCUCGCUUUACGUCGAUAUUGACUUUAUUAUUUGGGAGGCGGAUGUUCCGGGGGAGGAAGGACAAGAGCUCGUUCCGAGUGUGUAUCAAGACACGCACCCGAGCUUCUCAUAUUCGGCAGGACAGUGGAGCACUAAUCCGCCAAGUGUUUAUUUGUACAACAACGGGACGGGGCAUACAGCAACGACGCUGGAUGCAAGUGUAAACUUCACGUUUACGGGUGCGCACCCUUGUAUCAAUGGCGACGUGAUAAACCUGUACGGCACCGUCGGGAACAACAAUGGCUGGUACACCGUGCAAGUGGACGGUGGAACGUCGAUGCAGUAUAAUGCGACACGGUUCCAGCCGUACUACCAGCAGCCACUCUUUCACGCCAACAACCUCGGUGGGGGAACACAUCAGUUGACGGUAACAAACCAGCCGCAGGUGCAGGGACAGGCACUUAACAUUGACUAUGCGGAGGUGUAUAGUCUUGGAAGUGGAGGAUCAUCACCAGGAUCUACUAGCUCCUCCGGAGGCGGUGGUGGCUCCACAGGAAGCAAUCGCAACAGCCCACAGACACUUUCUUCGUCAGCGAAAGGCAUAAGCUCGGGCGGCAUCGCGGGCCUCGCCGUGCUCGGCGCGACCACGCUGCUUGCGCUGGGCGCCGUAUACUACCUCUGGCGGCAGUGGAAGCUCGCAGAGCAGCGGUACACGGACCUCUACCGCAACUACGCACAGCGCCCGCUCGACAGCCUAAAUCCGCCGUACUUAUCCUCGGGCGGUGUCGCCGUCGCGAGCGGUCCACAGUACUCCGGCUCGUCGCGGACCCUGUCGCGCAACAACAGGUCGUCGCACUCGCACUCGUGGACGCGAUUCAACGGUGGAUCCGAGGACGGGCUGACUGCGGAGUCGGCCGGGCACGUUCCGAGGACGGCGUACAUGCAGAACUCGUCGGCGGGCGGGGUGGGCGAGACGAUCGAGAUGCAGAGGCAGCUGAGGCAUGGGAUGGCGAUACCGGAGGACCAGGAGGAUACACAUCUUUUGUUCGGACAGCCAUACUAUGAUGCGGCGGCGGUCGUGGCUCAGCGCCGCCCUCCGGAUGUUCCUGAUGAUGUGCGCAGCCAGCCGACAGCGACGCGCCAUUCUUUCGCGCCGACCGUUUCAACAGACCUUCCUGCGUAUACACGUUGA